CAUUACGUCACCAGUUCACCUAGUCAUAAGGAACAAUCGAAAAAAUGCAUUACCGUUUUGUAUCCGUUAUAGCUGUAACUAUUAACCUGAUGCUGCACAGUUCUCCAAGUCGGGCUUCAAAUCAACGUGGCUAUAAAAACGGCAAUGUUUUCAACGUUUUGCUUGGAUUGUACAAGGUAAAUCCAUUACGAAGAUCUCAGAUAUACAGGUCGUUUUCUGAAGGCGUACUAUCAGGCCAUCCCGAAAGAACAAAAGUUGAAGACAUGAAGUUUGAAUCAAAUGAAAAUAAAAAGAAAAAGCUAAAAUCAAAUUUAAAUGAAAUAGAGAAAGUUAUUCAUGUUAAACACAGGAAGCCUCGCAAAAAGAUGGGGAAACCAGAGUAUAAUAUUGAAGACGUUGACAUUGAAAACUUUACCGUAGAUAUUAUGAUAAACGACACUUCAUCAAAAGAGAAAAUUGAAGUCAACCCUGAAAACGAUAAUUUCAGUGGUUUAUUUGCGCAUAUAGGUAGUGACGAAAUCGAUGAUGACCUACCAGUCACAAAACUAUUACCUAUCAAUGAUACCAUACAAAAUAUUCCGAGAAUUAGUGAAAACUUCAAGUUGCACAAAGACUUAUCCAUUGAGUUUGGAUCUGAUAAAACUAAAGGAAUAGAUAAAAUCAGCCCAUAUGUAGAUGUUCCUAAUGAAAUUCAAGGCAGGAUAGUAAUGACUGACAAAUUCGAUACAGCGGACGUGAUUGUAAUAUGAAGUUCUAUAGGGUUUAAAUAAACAACUCUCGAUAGAAUGUGAAACUUA